AUGGAGUUGAUGGUGUCUCUCACACCGGCCUGUGGAAAACAUGAGCUAUUGCUUGUUAUCAAUCUUGGAUCCGCCACCUACAGUGAGGCAAUAGGUUUGGCAAUUGACAUCGUCACCACAUUUCUUGAAGCAGUGUUCCAUCUUCUCCACGCUAUGCCCAGUAUCUUCGAAGAGCGCGAUGACGCAGGUCGCGCUCAGGAGCGCGGCCGUCGCUCUCAUUCCUUCUUGAUCCCCCUUGCUGACCAGCCGGAACUCCAGUCCCAAUACCAUCCUCACGGUAUCCAGCAGCCCCAUUACUCCCUCAAAGGGUGCGACAUUGCGCCAUCCUUCGCCGUCCCAACGAAUAGUAACCGUACGGCCCUGCUGAAAGAGCGCGGCCUUCUGUACGUCUCGCAAAUUGCCGUCCGUCACCCCGAAAGCCCACUGGAACCGCUUUUCCGCGCGCUAUGGAUCGAGAAGCCCUCCUUCAAUAUCAAAUCGGUCAACGUCCUGCUCGCGUUCACCAUCGAUGUGGAGGUUGUUGGUCAGACUUCGCUUCUCAGCGGCGUGGAGGAGCAUAACGCCGUGGUAUCGGUGCCAGGUGCGCCAGAUCAGGCCGCAGACUAUGGAAACGAGUCCAAGAAGACCGCCACCACCCAGAAAAUCAAAGAUAGUACUGGCCACCGACGCAUUGUGUCGUACCGGCCUGGCGACCUGAACAUCUUUGUCCGCAACGUCUAUGAUGAUUAUGUGGAGGAUUCCGAUACUGAUGGCCACACGAGCACUAUGGGAUCUCUGUCUCUUGGUCCGGAUACCAAAACCAUUGGCCAGACCGUUCCAUCCAAGUUGGCCAUCAAGAAAGAAGGCAACGUCGUCCCCUCGAAGAAAUCAUGGAAUCAAGUCCUGCUCGCCUGCGUGGAGGCCGGUUCCUCGAUGAUCACGGAAUGGGAGCGCACCCACCAACCUGACAUCAAGCGAUUGAUCACGCGCCUCAAGAUAAGUAUGAGCAUGACCAAGGAUCAAGGUGGUACCUCGACCCUGACAUCUGAUCGUGACGAGGGCAGCCUGGUGAUCACCAAGGCCACUGGAAAAAAAAUUGCUUCUAGACGAUCUCUACUCGAAGUGGGAUGUGCCGGCCCUGCUCGUGCUGCAGGGAAGGACCCUGAGGAAGCCUAA